AUCGAUUCUGCGAUAUAUUAAAAUAAAUCGCCAAAGCGAGGUGAUUUCAUUUCCAUUCCGGUGAAAAACUUUUCUUGUUAAUCCGAUACAGUUCAAAUAUACUUGGAUUGGAAAUAGUACACCAAUAUGUCGUCUUAUAUAGUAGCACGAGCGCUAACCCCAGCUCUUCGCCGUGUAGUCCAUAAAUUACUAUUAGCCGAUCUCACAUGCCUACAAAAUACAAACCGUAGUGCCGUCGUUGCUUGUACAGUUCCAUAUAACCAGAGAAGGUUUUAUGCUGAAAAGAAAGUCUUUGAACGUAAUAAGCCACAUUGUAAUAUAGGAACGAUUGGUCAUGUGGAUCACGGAAAAACAACCCUCACAGCUGCUAUUACCAAAGUUUUAGCUGAUCAGAAAUUGGCUCUGGCUAAGAAAUACGCAGACAUUGAUAAUGCACCGGAAGAAAAAGCUAGGGGUAUCACAAUCAACGUUGCCCAUGUGGAGUACCAAACUGAGAGUAGGCAUUAUGGACACACAGAUUGUCCCGGCCAUGCUGAUUAUAUCAAGAAUAUGAUCACUGGAGCUGCUCAAAUGGAUGGAGCCAUUCUUGUAGUAGCAGCAACUGAUGGUAUUAUGCCACAGACAAGAGAGCAUUUAUUAUUGGCUAAACAAAUAGGUGUUGAGCAUUUAGUAGUAUUCAUUAACAAAGUUGAUGCGGGUGAUAAGGAAAUGGUAGAGCUUGUCGAGAUGGAAAUUAGGGAACUCCUCACAGAAAUGGGAUUUAAUGGGGAUACAAUCCCUAUUGUAGCAGGUUCUGCAUUGUGUGCUUUGGAAGAUAAAAAUCCUGAAAUUGGAAAGGAUGCUAUACUUCAGUUAUUGAAGGAGGUUGAUGCUAAUAUUCCCACACCUAUAAGAGAACUUGAUAAACCAUUCUUGUUACCUGUAGAACACACAUACUCUAUCCCUGGUCGAGGAACUGUUGUUACUGGGCGCUUAGAAAGGGGGGUCGUGAAAAAGGGAAUGGAGUGUGAAUUUGUUGGUUACAACAAGAGAAUUAAGAGUGUUGUUACUGGAAUUGAAAUGUUCCAUCAAAUUUUGGAAGAAGCUCAAGCGGGAGAUCAGUUGGGAGCUCUGGUUAGAGGUAUCAAAAGAGAAGAUGUUAAAAGAGGUAUGGUUAUGGCCAAACCUGGAACAGUGAAAAGUCAUGACAAUGUAGAAACCCAAGUGUAUAUUCUAAGUAAGGAGGAGGGAGGUAGAGCGAGACCAAUCACAAAUUACACUCAGUUGCAAAUGUUUUGUCGGACUUGGGACACAGCAUGCCAAGUUUUAGUACCUGAUAAGGAAAUGGUCAUGCCUGGAGAAGAUUCAAGGUUACAGUUGAAAAUGUUGAAACCUAUGGUUAUUGAAUCGGGACAAAGAUUUACCUUGAGAGAUGGGGCCCAAACGUUAGGUACUGGAGUAGUUACCAAAGUUCUCGCUGACAUGAAGAAACAAGAGAGAGACCUGUUGAUGGAGGGAAGGAAAGCAAGAGAAAAGAGGUUAACAGCUGAGGGCAGCAAGUGAAUCUUCGAAAAAAGUUGCGAUUUUGUUUAUCGCAUUUAUGAACUGCGAGUUUAAGUAAUUCAACUAAGAUUUAGUUUGGAAUCAUUCUUGACAAAGUUGUUAGAUUAAGGUAUUUUAUAAUCUGAUCUGUAUAUUCUAUACUACUUUAGAUCCUGGUGAAAAUAAAAAAGAACUAAAUGGAACAUCGUAACAUGAAAAAAUUCAAUAAAGCAUUUCAUAUUUA